ACCCCGAAGUUCCCUGAGAUCAGCUGAUCAACAGUGACAACAAGGGGGAAAACAGGCGAUUUUGGGACUGGCCCUUGUAUCUACAGGGGCACCAGGUUCACACGCUGGGAUCCUGAUAGUUAAAUCCUUUUAUCGGUGGGAAAAAGGGAUCUCUCCCUGCUCACCGUCGGGUUUAGUAUUUAAAAAGAGGAGCCGGGGGAGGAGACAACGAUUUGACUACUUAGUCACUGAGACUUGCAGGGAGGAAAAGAAGGAGGAAGACGAUGCCUAUUGUUUUAUAAACAAUAGAUCGGGCUGCGUUGUUCUUCUAUAUUACAAAGAAAAGACUUGGCUUAUUUUGGAGGCAUAACAGAUUGUUUUUCUUACAUGUAUCCAAGUUUAUUGUGACUUUAAGUGUGGAAUUUUUACAGCCCCCCUCAAUCAUUAUGGGAAUUUGUAUUUACAGUUCUUAGGCCAAGUGGGAUUUUUUUAAUGCAUUUUAUGAAAGCACCAUAAAGGUGAAGAAUCAAAACUGAUACAUAUAUCCCAGCUUUUAUAGUUUCCUCUCUCUUAAGACAAGAACUAAUUUUAGUCCUUUGGCAAACCAAUGUAUGUAUCUGAUAAAAAAUCCAGUUUUAUAAAGUAAUAAUUUGUGGAAGAUGAGUGCCCAACCUCCAUCUGUAGAUAAGGGACUGAAUACCACACUUUUGUGUCAAGAAAGCUAUGCUUGCAGUGGCACAGAUGAAGCAAUCUUUGAAUGUGAUGAAUGUGGAAGCUUGCAGUGCCAGCGUUGCGAAGAAGAACUGCAUAGACAAGAAAGACUUCGAAAUCAUGAACGGACUCGAAUCAAACCUGGCCAUGUCCCAUACUGUGACACCUGCAAACUUACAAGUGGCAGCAUCCUGCAGAACAAUAUCAUAAGCUCUAGACAAAGGGCAACAGUAAGGUGCCAAGCAUGCAAAAUAAACUUAUGUUUAGACUGUCAGAAGAGAACUCAUGCUGGUGGAAACAAAAGGAAACAUCCCAUUACCGUGUACCAUAGUGGCAGACAUCAUGGGCAACAAGAGGAGGAAGGAAUGGAUGAAGAGACCAAGAGGAAGAAGAUGACAGAGCAUGUGGUAAGCUUCCUGCUGGUGGAUGAAACAGAGGAGAUUCAGGUGGAAAACGAAGAAGAAUUUAUCAGGAAACUGAACUGCAAGCCUGACCAACAUGUAAAGGUGGUGUCUAUUUUUGGGAAUACAGGGGAUGGUAAAUCUCAUACCCUUAACCACACCUUCUUUUAUGGGCGUGAAGUCUUUAAAACAUCUCCAGCACAGGAGUCUUGUACAGUAGGUGUUUGGGCUGCCUAUGACCCUGUUCAUAAAAUGGUAGUGAUUGACACAGAGGGUCUUCUUGGUGCCAUGGAGAAUCUAAGUCAGAGGACCCGGCUGCUUCUGAAGGUCUUGGCUAUUUCAGAUCUCAUCAUCUACCGUACACAUGCUGACAGACUCCAUAAUGAUCUCUUCAAAUUUCUUGGAGAUGCUUCGGAAGCAUACCUGAAACACUUCACCAAAGAACUAAAAGCAACUACAGCCCGUUGUGGAUUGGAUGUUCCAUUGUCCACUUUGGGUCCUGGAGUCAUUAUCUUUCAUGAAACUGUGUACACACAGUUAUUGGGUGCUGAUACUCCUACUGAGGUGCCUGAGAAACUAAUUCAGGAUCGAUUCCGCAAACUUGGUCUCUUCCCCGAAUCCUUCAGCUCAAUCCAUUACAAAGGGAUAAGGACACAAAACCCGCCAACAGAUUUUUCUAGUCUCAGGCAUGCUGUGGAGCAGCAGCUAGAAAAUAAUACCACCCGUUCUCCACGUCCUCCUGGAGUUAUCUACAAAGCACUCAAAGCAUUAAGUGAUCGGUUCUGUGGUGAAAUUCCAGAUGAUCAGAUGGCUCAUAGCUCCUUUUUUCCAGAUGAAUAUUUUACCUGCUCCUCUAUAUGUCUCAGCUGCGGAAGUGGGUGUAAGAACAGCAUGAAUCAUGCAAAAGAAGGAAUGCCUCAUGAAGCUAAGAAUCGCUGUAGGUACACUCAUCAGUAUGAUAAUCGAGUAUUCACUUGCAAGGGUUGUUACGAACAUGGUCAAGAGGUUAGGGUAGUGCCCAAAACAUCUGCUUCUACAGAUUCCCCUUGGAUGGGCCUUGCUAAAUAUGCCUGGUCAGGAUAUGUAAUUGAGUGCCCCAAUUGUGGAGUUGUGUACCGUAGCCGACAGUACUGGUUUGGGAACCAAGAUCCUGUGGAUACUGUGGUGAGGACGGAGAUUGUACACGUCUGGCCAGGAACUGAUUGCAGCCUGAAGGACAAUAACAAUGCUGCUCAGCGCCUGAUCGAUGGAAUGAAUUUCAUGGCACAGUCAAUGUCUGAACUGAGCUUGGGACCUACCAAAGCUGUAACCUCGUGGUUGACAGAUCAGAUUGCUCCGGCUUACUGGAAACCCAAUUCCCAGAUUCUGAAUUGUAGGAAAUGUGGCAUAUCUUUUAAAGAUAAUGACACCAAGCACCAUUGUCGGGCUUGUGGAGAAGGUUUUUGUGAUGGAUGUUCAUCCAAGAGCCGCCCUGUCCCCGAACGUGGUUGGGGACCUACACCUGUGCGAGUAUGCGACAACUGUUAUGAUAACAAGGGCGUUCAGUUAGAAGUGGCUGAGGCAGCAACAGAUGAGGAAGGUGGAACAGUGAUUGCCAGGAAAGUUGGUGAAGCUGUGCAGAACACUCUCGGGGCUGUGGUAACCGCCAUUGACAUCCCACUGGGUCUUGUGAAGGAUGCCGCUAGGCCUGCCUACUGGGUACCUGACCACGAAAUCUUACACUGCCACAAUUGCCGGAAGGAAUUCAACAUCAAAUUGUCAAAGCAUCACUGUCGUGCUUGUGGCCAGGGCUUUUGUGAUGAAUGCUCGCAUGAGCGCAGAGCUGUCCCUUCCCGUGGUUGGGAUCAUCCAGUUAGAGUCUGUUUUAAUUGCAAUAAAAAGCCUGGUGAUCUUUAACCCUAACUUUCCUUCUGGGUACGCAGUAACACCGUAGCUUCUCAGGGUUAGAUAAAAAGGAAAAGAAAAAAAAGAAAAACUAGGCAGAAUGCAUGCUCCUCAUGUCUAGCCUUCUUUACAUGUGUAGAUUUCAGUAAUGUGGAAUAAUCAGUAACCCAGAGAAGGCUUGAUUGCCAGUUGUGAUCAUGGAAGUUGGGGAUUGGAGUAUGUGGGGAAGCUUGCAAUAAAUUGAGGAAUCCCAAAUCCAGUAUAUAUCAGACAACUGUAUGUAUUUCUAUAUCUGUAUAAUGUAGUAUGCUAAAUGCAGCUGGCUGAUGAAGCAGUGAUAAUUUACUGUUAACAUUGAAACGUAAAUAGAAAUUGGUUUUUUUAAAAAAAAAAGUGUAAUGGAUCAAGCACAACCUCUUGAGUGCCUUGGGAUUCAUUUGCUUGAAGCAUUCUGCUACUUACAGCAUCAUGAAUUUCAAUCAUUGUGAUUCUACAAGUUGGUCACUUGAAAUAAUCACCAUUCAUGAGCCUUGGUUUUGGAUACAGAGUACCAGGUCUUUGGUGUGGCCAUUGCAGCUCUUAUCACCCCUAUUUAUUUUAUCCCAUUCUGGCUUUCUUCUGCUGGUGGGGUCUUCCCCGUCAAAGCCAGAAAGAGGAGGAAUGCUAUUUAUUACUAUGUGCACAGUCUGAAGCCCUUUUAUUAAACACAGUUUAAGCUUGGAGAGAAAUUAAAUUUGUGGCACAAACCCCAAACUUACCUAUUAAAGCCAUUCCAGUUUAAUUCUGAGGUGAUGAAUCCUUACUCUUCUUACCCACAAACUUGUGAGGAUGUGGAUUUCUUUGUGAUAUAUUCUCAUUUCUUCAUCAAACCUCUCCAGACUGAAAGCAAUGGUAAGUAUGAAGCAAAUUUCCAUACCUAGCAGUGUAGUAUUUGCUUAGCUUCCUAAGCUUUAGUUCUUUGUAAGUUGGCAAAUGUCUGAAAGGACCCUCAAAGCACUCAAACAAAACUGAAAAUGGGCUAUCCUCCGAGUGUACAAGCAAAUGAGACAAUGGCAUAUAUUUUUUUUACAACACCCCUGUACUGAACCACUUUGAGGCAUUGAUCUAAUCACUGAAUAAAAUCAUAGGAUUAGGCUUUUCCGUACAUCUUGUUACAAUGAUAAACAAGAUCCCAUCAGAACCUUAAUUUUGCCUCUUCUGAGUCAAAUGGCACAUUCCUGUGGUGGAGACUAUCUACAUUAAUAAUGGCUGGACUUUGGCAUGAUAUCUAACACUGUUUUCCAAUUUAUUAAAUAUAUUCUUGUAUAUCUUGACGCCUGAAAUCCUGUUAUAGGACUGUAUUAAAUUAAGUGCUAUAAAGGACUUACCCCUUCUAAACAA